AUGGCCGUCGUCGCAACCAUCAAAUGCGUUGUUGUCGGAGACGGUGCCGUAGGCAAGACCUGUCUGCUCAUUAGCUAUACCACGAACAAGUUCCCUUCGGAAUACGUCCCUACAGUUUUCGAUAAUUAUGCCGUCACCGUCAUGAUUGGCGAUGAGCCGUACACGCUUGGGCUGUUUGAUACUGCUGGACAAGAAGAUUACGAUAGACUGCGACCGCUGUCAUACCCCCAGACUGAUGUCUUCCUCGUCUGCUUCAGCGUUACGUCACCCGCCUCGUUCGAAAACGUCCGCGAGAAGUGGUUUCCCGAGGUCCAUCACCACUGCCCCGGAGUCCCUUGCCUCAUUGUUGGCACCCAGGUCGAUCUACGCGACGAUCCCAGCGUACGGGAAAAGCUAGCCAAGCAGAAGAUGUCGCCCGUGAGAAGGGAAGACGGCGAGCGCAUGGCCAAGGACCUGGGCGCCGUUAAGUACGUCGAGUGCAGUGCGCUGACGCAGUACAAGCUGAAGGAUGUGUUUGACGAGGCCAUCGUCGCGGCGCUGGAGCCCCCCGCACCAAAGAAAAAGUCUCACAAAUGUCGCAUUUUGUAA